CAGUGCCGGCCGGGGCGGCGGCGGCGGCUCCGCGAUGGCGGCGGCUGCGGGGCUGCCGGUGAGGGGGAAACGGCGCGGAGCCCCCCCGGGAGGGCGGCCGGGGGUCGCCAUGGCCACGGACCGCAGAGCGCCGUGGUGCCGCCGGUGAGGCCAUGGCGUCCCGGCCGGGCAGCCCCGAGGCGGCGCCGCCCGCGCGCCCCCCGAGCGCCGAGCCCGAGGCGCUGAGCCCCGACGAGCUGCAGCUGCUGGCCAAGCUGGAGGAGCAGAACCGGCUGCUGGAGGCCGACUCCAAGUCGCUGCGCUCGGUGAACGGCUCGCGGCGCAACAGCGGCUCCUCGCUGGUGUCCAGCUCCUCGGCCUCGUCCAACCUCAGCCACCUGGAGGAGGACACCUGGAUCCUCUGGGGCCGCAUCGUCAACGAGUGGGACGAGUGGAGGAGGAAGAAGGAGAAGCUGCUCAAG